ACGUCAUUUGUUUCUUUGUGUUGGUGCUGAAGUUGGUAAGGGGUUUGUACUGGUUGUUUUCUCCAGAAAAACGUGCACUUUUCAGGUCGAGCUUGCGCUUGUCUGGGACUCGGGGUCAUGCAACUCUGCGUGACUCUCCCGACUUUGUCGUCGUUUUGUUUCGGCGAAGAGGAUCUUUGCCUCUCUUUCGUUCUCUUGGAGCGGAAUUGACCCCGUUCACUUGGUUUCGUCCUUCUCGCCCCCUUUUUCGCUGCAUUUAGGUACUCUUUUCUGUGCAUCUGUCGUCUCGGCCAGCGGCUGUAUAUAGUAGCGGGGCGCGGGCGAUCGUCGGCGACCGGCUCUUUUCCGCGCCAGCCUGCCUCUAUCCUUCCUUUUUAGACCAGAUUCUCUCUUUCUUCUCGGCUUUGCUCUGCCUUGUCUCCUCUCCCGACGCAAAAUGGACUCUCCAGGCGGCUCCCUCGCCAAAGCGAGCCGCCGGUCUGCCUCAAAUCUUUCUCGUGGGAGCGCCGCGCCGGUCAAGCCGCUUCCGCCGUCCGUGUCUGCAGCUUCCGACGUUUCUGCGGUUUCGCCGGAUCACUCCGAGUCUGCUGUCCUCAUGAGUUCGCCUGACUCUCCCCUACUGUUAAGUCCACUUUCGCCUUCCGGUUCUCGCGCACCGUCAGAAAUCGGGUCGUCGCCUCCUGAUCGCGAGACAGUCCUGCACCCAGACGCUUCCCUGCUUUCGCUCGAACUCUCUAGCCACUCUCUGGGUGUGUCGGGAGGCAACUCUCCGAAUUCGGUCGUCGAAGGAAGCACCCGUUCGGGGGAAACGUCGCGGAAACGUUCGGAUUCUUUGGAUCGUGGUGCCAGAUCGCCGCGCGCUCAAGAUGGCAACGACCGCAGAAUGUCGAGGCGACGUCGAGGCGGCGCCGAGAGAAAAAAACACAGCUCCUCUGUCUCGUCGCCGAAAUCUGGCGGCGAGCAAGAUCAGAAGAAGGAAAGUCGAUCGGGGUCAAGGAAAGAAGUACGGAUGGGCGGGAAGCUCUACUGGCCGCGCGCGUCGGUCACUUACGGAGAGGGCGGGCCUUGGGAAUUCGCGACCGAGGAAGAAAGAGCGAAGAAAAAGGAGAACGAAGCGAGGAAGGCGGGGACCUUCGUUCCGACAGAAAAAUUCGUGGAGGGCAGAAUCGACUCCACUUCGCCUGCAAGACCGCGCCUGAAAGAAAUGGAGAACCUGAGAAACGACGCACUGCCUCCAAGAAAGCUCACGAGUGCCGACUGGGAAGCUGCGAAAAAGAAGAAGGGCCAUAAACACGAACACCUGCUGAAAGACGGAGACGGAAAACCUGCAGCAAACAUCCAGUUCACUCGACGCGGCGACAGCUUCCAUAGACCCGCGGUCGUGCUCCCAGGCGAGACCGUCGUCGACCACAUGCGUAUUCCGUGGAUUGCAUCGAGCGGCCGCUUAGGACUCUUGGCUCUAGAGAAAGGAGAGAGGGAAGAAGCGCCCGCCGACUCCACAGUGUUCGAGAAGACGCUGCAGGGAAUGCCGAGUGACCCUCUGAGUCGCAUGGACAACGCACCUCUCGAGUCCACGCUUCUCGAGCGCGGCGCCGUGGACGCGCAGAAGGAACGCUCUAGGAGAACUCUCGGAAUAAAAGAGGAAAAUGCCGCAAAGGAGCUAACAGACAUCCUCAUUGCAGAUUACGACUACGAAAAGCCACCAAAGGAAGGACCUCGAUCCGAAACGGAUGAAGAUGCAGACGCGGCCGUUAGGCGAGACAAGGACCAACAUUUCACUCUGAGGCAAAACCCAGCCGUUCCUUUCCCGUACUCCCAGAGACAAGAGGAAUGGGAUAUCACGUCUCUCAGUCGAAUUUCCACAACCGCCGAAAAAGUUUAUCACGUCUUGAACGACCCCGUACCUUUCGAGGGAUUCAGUUUCUCGCGGCAGCCGACAUUGACCGAAGGCAAUGUGGAUAUGUUUUACAAUCUCGACUCCAAAGAGACUCAAGAGCAGUUUCGAGUAACGGAUCAAAUCAAGUCUUCUCACGAGAGGGUUCGAUUUGCCGCCCAGGUGGUGAGCAAUCUGAUGGACGAGCCGAAGACGGAUAAGCGAACCAGAUGGCUGAACUUGAGGAGAGUGGAUAAGCUGUACGCAGGAGUCCCCGUGUCCAGCCGAGAAGUCCCGAGUAGCACAGAGGGUCAUCUAGAAAGACCGCUGAGGAAGCGGAACGGAGAACUGAGAGCCGUCGGAGAAGAGAGCGACGACGAAAUGACGUUGAUGGCUGUGGAGAGUCCGCCCCCGCCGGUGGACUCCCCUCAGUUGCCUCACCCGUAUCAGCGCCGCGACUGGGGACCUCGGAAGCCAAAGAAAAUGACGCUCAACUUGUAUGCGGAGAUCAGGUACUUGCACCAGUGCGAAAGGGUCAUCGAAGCGAUCAAAGAAUCGCUCGGACCUUCCUGGAGCCGAAGGCUGCCUCGUGCCGGGGUUUUGGCGUUGCUGCUUCGCCAUCCGCUGCCGAUUCCUUUGAGCGAAAACUUGGCGCGCUCAGGUGCCGAGUUGAUGCAGCGUCUGCAUCGAGGGCGCUUCUGGGUGGAAAUCUACCACAGCAUUUGGUUCCCGCUGAGUCUGGAGAGGUUCCAGCUCUUCUGCACCAACGGCAGCGGCGCAUGCUGCCUCGGCUGGGAGAGCACCACGCGAGCAUGCGACUGGUUCUACUACACCCGGAACUUGCCUAAAAUGUUUCGCCUCUCCAACUACCUGCUGACAGGAGCGCUCGAGUCUCAUGUGCCUGGGCUCCAGCGGCUUUUGUUUCGUUUGAAUGCCCUCAAUUUCUUUGCGUACCGCAUCAGCUGGUCUCUGCACUACUCUUUCUAUGGGAACAAGAGCUUCACGCCGCCCAAGAAGAGCAUGUUGCUCGGCAGAGACGGUGUGACUCUCGAUCCUGUCCAGAUGAGCAACCUCGCCUCCACUCUGCUCAGAUGUCUCCUCGGGCACUCGACUGCAUGCAGUGCGAUGUGCUACAACGUCGAAGCGGUGGGGCGUCUCUGGCCCUUCGUCAUCGAGUACAAGAGCAACUUCAUCACUAAAGAAGAGCUCUGUCUCCGAAUCUUCACCUGCCCGCUUACCAACGCUUUCUUCUCAGUGCUCGCCAAGGGCGAGGUCCCAGAGAUGCCGCAAGCAGUUCACGCAGUGCAUUCCUACUUUGUCCUCCUCACUGAGUUUCUGUAUGGAGGUCGUCCUAAAGGAUUUUUCGAGUCUCUGUCGAGGAGCUUCGAGACACCUGUCCCGUGCAUUUGGACACAGCUCGCGGGAGCGCUGAACGAGCCAUCAAAUCAAAACAUUUUCCUCAUCGGAGAUAUCUUGCUUUUCGUAACGGAUCUGUUCUACCUCACGUGUCUAGACGGCGCAGCCCUUCCUCGGAGAGCUGCGAGACAUAUUCACAAGCGAAUAACUGCCAAAAUUCUGCCUUUCCUUGAAGAAGGUCGUCCCGACCUCGCUGACCCUGACACGUGGAGUCAGAUUGACCGGAACGCUCGCAGUCUUCGAACGGCGCUCUUCACGGCAAUGCACGACGCGGCCAUUGGACCGGAGCUUUUGGAACCUUUCACGCUGCCAGUUCGCUCUGCGCCAGAAACAGACCCGAAAACAUACAAACUGGCUUGGCCGUCUCUCGCGCGACUGUUCCCUCUUCCUGAUGAGCUGCCCUGCUGGCGGCCGGGAUGCAAGAAGACUUUGCGUUUGACCGCAGACAAAGUCACUGCACCCGAAGCCAGCAACUUCAGAUACUGCCAACAAUGCAACAUUGCUGCGUACUGCAGCCUGGCGUGUCAGAGACAGCACUGGCUCUUAGAGCAUCACCAAGUGUGCUGCUAUUUUCGUCGGCCUCCAACGUUUUUGCGAUUCCAAAUGCUUCCUGGACAAGUGCCGAUGGAGCUGGAAUAUCCGGUUUUCGACAUUUUCAAGGGAAUGUUUGAUAUCGAUUGGUUCGAUGACGGUGCAGCAUUUGAACCGAUUUUCUAGGUGAUCCUCAAGGGAGAAGGUUUUCGACAACGGUGUGUCAACCGUUGUUCACUGUGCCUGACCGCUUUCAACGUCGCUGACUUUGUUGUUUACGUCGCGGCUUCUCUUUUUCAGCACGCGUGUAGCGGUCGGUCUCGCGUUUCUUUGCUCCCGCGUCCGUGUCUCGUCCGCUUUGUUUGCUUGGUUUCCCCCUCCCUCGCAAAAAAGUGAAGGCGACGCAGGUUCCUGUAGAAAAACAAUGGUUUCUCUUGGCGGCUAAGAGCCAUGCCCGCGGGCAGUGGGUGGCCGCCAACACCCUC